GUGUGUGUAUGCCUAUGUGGGGGAUUAAGACGGGCUCGUUGGGCCCUGAACCCCCCCCCCCCCCCCCCCCCCCCCUGGGAAAUUGAGAACUUUCCGCCUAUGACCCCAAGCCUCACACUUGACAUGUGCGAGGGCGGAGCUUAGUCGGCGUCGCUAUUAACCUCCUCUCCCGAUUUUGCGCUCCUUUCCCAUGCGCAGAACAUAAAGAUGAGCACACUUGCGAGGGGUAUUCACUUCUCACGCUGCUCUCCGACCCUCCGACUCUCUCCCUGCGAAGGCUCGAGCGAACAAGUGUCAGCGUAGUUUCGGAAUCCUCGGUCUUCGGAUAUCGUCGAAAGUGAUCUCAAAUUUCUACGAACUGCAGGUCGCAAGCUCGUGGCAAAGGAAGAAGGAGACGAGACGCUGCAAGUGGAUCAAGAAGCUGAAACGUCUGCGUUCCGUAAUCGAGAACCGCGGCAACUCUUUAUCCCAAAAUGAUGGCGCCAUAUCACGCUGCUUUGGCCAGAGGGUCCGAAAGAGACGAUCUCGCUUUCUUGAUGGAAGCAAGACACACCGACGUGGAGUUCCUGAUGGAGAAUGGCACAGACCCGCCCCAGACCUUCAGGGCUCACAAAACGCUUCUUGCCAUGCGGAACGAGGUCUUCGAAGCCAUGUUUUACGGAACUCAGUCUGAAAAGCUCCAGUAUAGCAUCAGCAACCUACGUACAGAUGGAUUCUUUACUCUCCUCAGGUACCUCUACACCCAGGCCGCCAGCUUAAUCAACAUUCCGCAAGCGCUGCACACACGAACGGCUGCUGAAACCUUCCGGGUGUCGAAGCUCGUGGAAGCCUGCGACGCGUUCCUUGGAACGUCAAUGCAGCCAGCCGACGUCUGCUACGUCUUGGAGUACACGAUAGCGAAGGGAAGCACCAAGACCUUGGACGGUCUCAUCGACAAGCAUCUGAAAGAGAACGCUGAACAGGUAUUAAAGUGCAAGGAGUUCAUCGCCGCAUCCCAGGAAACCGUCCUGAAAAUAUUGAAGAACCCGUGCUUGAGGAUAAGAGAAUACGACGUCAUCGAGGCUGUUUACUCGUGGGCGACGGUGCACUGCGCGCAAGCGAGCGACGAGACUCCGAUCACCGCAUUGCGAAGGACCGUUAGACCGUUCCUGCCGGAGCUUCGGUUGCUCUCAUUGACUCCUCUGGAGUUCGUGGAGGGCCCGUCUUGCUGGCAGAUCCUGACAAAGCGCGACACCCUGGAUGUUCUCAGCAACAUCAUUAAACCCGGAUCAGAGAGGUUGCCCGAAGGCAUUUGCGCGAACAGGGAACGGCGAACGAACUCUUGCGGCCGCCCUGGACUGCCGGCCCUAGCAGCGCCGCGCGCCCUCAGUUUCGGCGCCCCUCACUAUGGUAAAUGACAGCUUUAGAGGCGCACGGCGUGGCGAGUCCAGAGAUUCUUGUUAUCGACGACAGUGAGAUUUCGCCAUUAGUCGAUAAGAACGUCUAUGAACUGACCACGAAGCACGUGAAAGAAGAUGUUCACGCCCCCCCUUUCUUUUUUUAAGUUUCCAUUGACUAGAACAGCGUUUAAAUGAAUGCCAACCCAUAAAGUCGUCGUACCGCUGGCAAUGCAUCAUACAAAAGAGUCUGAGGCGUGUGUUUUAUUGAAGAUCUUUACUGACGGUAUUCUUCAUUGACGGUCUUACACCGGUCAUACAAACACUGUCUGCGUACAUGUUUGAAGCAAACGUGGGUAUAAAAGAAGCGUGCUUGGAACGCUCGCGAGGGUUUCCCGGAAAUAAUUCGGUCGCUCAUGUCCAUAGCGAACGCCGCGCCUUUUUGUAGGAUUUACGAGCAGUUUGGCUGAGCCGCACUCGCAUUGCUAUAAUGCGCAGAUUCGUGCCUAUCUCAAAUGAUACUGUAUUCCUAUUACGUUUGGAAGUAAUUUUGGUGCUUUGAAGAUACAUAUGCUCGUGAAUAUUUGCUACUCCAUCUCAAUUAGAUUUUUUGGUAUCUCGUACGUGUUUUUUACAUACAGUUUUCGAUUUUUACAAAACAAAAUUGUCUCGGGACGAUUUUAAGGGAAGAGUAAUAAUCCUCACAUCCUUAGCGAAGAGUUGAACCGAUCGCCAACUUGAUGCGGGAAUGACCGAACGAAGAACCAGAACCCAAGAUGCAGACUCAAAAUGAAAACAGAACAACCAAUGAAAAUAUAUAAAGAUUGACAUUAAAAAAAACAAUUUUCUUUUAGGUUUGACUUUGAUACGGUAAGAACCGCGAUGGCCCGAAUCUUUUAUGAGCAUAGCGAUUGCAACGAGACUGAAAAUAAGAUACGAGCACGAUUAGUUCUCAAAAUACCACUACUGCUACGUACUACUACUACUACUACUGCUACUACUGCUAAUAAUAAUAAUUGUAGUCCACAUAUGUUCAAUAGCACUGUACAAACGCGGGUUUGUCCAAGCCAAGGGAGGCUUGUGCGACAGGACCAUGCAAGUGUGAACAGCGAAAGUUCUCUAAACUAGAAAAAGCAAAAAAAGAACACUUCAUAAAACGAAACAGUACAGAGUGAACACGAAAUGCUAGAUUCUGGAAGUCACCAACAUUUUUGUUUUUCAAUUUUAUGGGCAGUACACUCAAAGACACAAUCGAAUAAUUUAUUGAAGACAGAUGGAACAUAAUGACAGCGAAUUCUUUUACCGUAGCGAGUUACACAACGGGGAAUGACAAAACGGGGCGUGUGCCGGAGAUCCUUGUUAGGAACGAAGGGGUGUUUGAAACCAUUGUUCCAAAGAGGCGUAACUCCACUGUUUCCGCAAACAGGGAAAUGGAAAUUGGGCAUUCGCAAACAUUCCAAGAUAUUCAUAUCAGCUGAAAAGUCAAAGUGAUACCCCACACUCCUUAACAAUCCCUUCAAAAUACGAUCAAUUUUUGUUUGUCACGAUUUUUCACAAUUGCCAAACAGUGUGAUUCCAUACCUCAAUAAACUGUACCCAAGGGCAUGUGCAACAGACUUCCUUACAGAAAACGGCAUAAACACUUUGCUAUGGUAAAGUAGGCAGCUAGCGCUUCGCAGCUUACCAGAAACAUCCGAUAAAUGGGAAUUAAUUGUCAUAUCCGAAUAAAAAAACACUCCCAAAUAAUUUACCGUAUUAACAUAUUCAAGCGAGGAAGAAACAGAAUUCACGCAGCUCCGUUUGUGUAAUAUAACUGGCAAGUUAACGUUCGUCUUUUUUACUGGAUUCAUAAAACAUACCAGUUUUGUUUUGGACAUAUUGACCGCAAAUAAAUUUUCAUCAAACCAGUUUAAUAAUUUCUUCGCGUCGUGCUCUAAUAGACGUACUGCACUAUCAUAAUUCAGAUGACGAGCGAUGACUACCGUAUCGUCGGCAUAUUGGAGAAUGCUGCAAUUGGAUACUGCGGCUCAAUGAUCAUUGACAUAAAGAUUAAAAAGCAAAGGCGACAGAACCGAGCUCUGGGAAACGCUGGCUUUUAUUUCUGCGCGUGCACUUUUAAAACCGCAAACAGAUAGACUUGAAAACGCUCUAAACAUUUUUUUUCAAGGAUAGCAAAAAAUGGUCCGCGCGGAAACCAAAACGAUACAUUUUGCGGAGGGGCAACUCGUGACUGACAGUGUCGAAUGCCUUCGCUAUGUUUAGAAAAAGCGCACAAGCAAAUAUAUUAUUUUUGAAGGCGCCAUAAAUGAGGUCAGUAAAAUCCUCCAGCAACGGCUGAGUGCCCAUGCCGGCAACAAAGCCAUACUGGCUGUGUAACAACAUAUAUCUAUCAAUAAAACCAUUGAUCACGAUGAACAAAUGUUUUUCUAAUAUUUCAGCGAUGCAUAUGACAAGAUGGAAAUAGGACGAUAGGACUCGCGCUUAUCUGGCGCGCCUCCCUUGAAAAGUGGCUUGACAAGUGCAGUUUUUAAGGCAGUAGGGAUAUUGCCAGACAGAAAAAAACGCAUUUAUCAAGGCCAACAAGACCUUUUUGACAAACUCCAAAUUUCUAACUACAUCGCCAACGCGAAUGUCAUCGAUACCGGGUGUUUUAUUUAGCUUUAUGCUAAACAAAAGAGAGCGUAGCGCAAACAUGUAAGAGGCGGUACAAAAGCCGAACCAGCUGCUCUGUCAUCGCAACUUACACUGGCUGACGGCACAUUGCGGUGUCUGGCAAACCCCGAUGAUGCCGCAAAAUGCUCGUUGAAACGUUCGACGGUUGACUGCAAUUCAGUGCCGACAUGCUUUUGAAGUGAAGCAGAGACAGGUUUUAAUUAUAAUGCCAUUAAAUGCAAAGGGGCAAGCGAGCUGGACAAGAAUGA